UCGCGGGACGACAUGAAACUAAGAGCAAAAAAAUCGUUUCGGAAAUGUGUGGGCAUCACGACAUACCUUGGUAAACGAGACUUCAUUGAUCGCGGUGACUAUGUUGAUCUGAUAGAUGGAAUGGUAUUGGUAGACGAGGAGACGGUCCGGGAAGGGCGAAGAGUGACCGCCACACUGUUGGCGGCAUUCCGAUAUGGACGAGAAGACCUGGAUGUAUUAGGACUGACUUUUCGAAAGGAUCUGAUAUCACAACAGUAUCAGGUCUUUCCACCAACCCCUUCACAAACGACAAGGCCAUUGACGCGACUACAGGAGAGAUUGAAGCGGAAAUUAGGUGAUCUGGCAUUUCCCUUCUGGUUUGAGAUCCCACCACGAAGUGCCAGUAGCGUCACCUUGCAGCCUGCACCCGGAGAUACUGGGAAACCAUGUGGAGUUGACUAUGAACUCAAGACUAUUGUUGGUAUUGUGACUUUUUCUAUGAAAUGUAAUUUUAGCAGCAGCGUGCGACUGGCAAUCCGAAAGCUGACUUAUGCUCCUUGGGAAGCGCGGCCACAACCGACAGCAGACGUUAGUAAGGACUUCAUGAUGAGUGCUGGACUUCUUCAUAUGGAAGCAUCGCUGGAUAAGGAGAUGUACUAUCAUGGUGAAUCAAUAGCUGUGAAUGUUCAUAUACAAAAUAACAGCAACAAGUCCGUAAAGAAACUAAAGGUCAGUGUUGUACAAAUUGCUGACAUAUGCCUUUUCACCACUGCGUCUUAUACAUGCGAAGUGGCUAGAGUGGAAAGCGCAACGAAGGCGGUUGCUCAGAUGGGUUGA